GCGCGAAACUAUCCAACCAAACAAGUCUAUCACCCACGUCCCUAACCCAGUGCGAUCAUGACAUCUCUCAGUACCAGCACAAGGGCCUUGCUGCUUUGGGCCUAGUAGAGAGAGGUAUGGCUUGAACCGUAACCUUAUGCUAGGUCUUGACCUUAGCUCUAGAAAUACCGGCAAUGUUGUCUUAGAAUCAGGUCAUGCAUGUCUGAUGGUAUUUGUCCAACUCCACUAAAACUCUCCCGUCUCAACGAUUAACUUCGAUUACGUGGUGAAUGCUGCUUCUCUGAGUGGUGUGCAUUUCACCCGUGUCACGUAGGAUGCAGAAUUAGGCUGUGGAGAGACAGGGUUUAACUGUCUGGCCGUGUAUAAAGGAGAGCUUCUCGACGCUGCAUUCUGCCAUUCUCAAACUGCCAGGCUUGUAUAUUUCACCAUCAGAAAGACAAGAUGGUCCCCCUGCCCUCGCUUUCGCCCGAGGAAUACGCAGAGCAUCUCUCUGCCUUCCUCGAUGAGAUCCAGUUCUCGAUGCCCCAGCCAAACCCCGACCUCUCCAUCGACAAGAUGGUGAUUUCGCAUUUCGAAGCCCAGCCCUGGGACCCGGUGCUGAUCAACAAGGCAACCCGCAAGGCCGCGCGAUCCGCGGAGAUGAUGCGCAUGGUCUAUCCGUACGUCGACAGCGAGAUCAACAUUGCGUACGGGAUCUUCUGCACGUACAUGUUCGUGAUCGACGACAGCGACGAAGCCCUGGAUGCAGAGCUGGCCAGCUUCGAGGGCACCCUCUUUGAAGAGAAGUCGCAGCAGUCGCCCUUCCUGCAGUCUCUUUUCGCCUUCCUGAACGAUCUGGGCUCGCACUUUGGUCCCUUCUCUCGCACCAUGAUCUUCAAGUCCAUGAUCGAGUUCAUCACCGGACGCUUGAUCGAGACUCGCUAUAAGGAAAUGCAGCCGCCCAGCGCGGCGGUCAAGUUUCCGUACUACCUGCGCCAGAAGACCGGUGUAGCGGAGCCGUUCGCGCACUUCAUGUUUCCGGAGAAGAUGUACCCGGAGAAUGAGUGUCUUGCGCUGUAUAUCUUGAUCCUGCCGGAUCUGUGCGACAUCAUCAGCUUUGUGAAUGAUAUCUUUUCGUUUUACAAGGAGUCGAUCCUGUCGAGCGAGGUGAACUAUUUAUCGAAUGUGGCCAUGGUACAGGGGAUCCAUGUGUCGGAGUCCCUGAAACGCACCUCGAAGGAGGCGGCCGAGAGCCUGAAGAAUAUCCGGGCCGUUCUCGCGGAUCACCCGGUUAUGCUUGAUACUACGAUCCAGGCCGUCUGGGGAUGGAUCGCCAGUCAUAUCAGCCAGGCUCGGUACCGACUUUUCGAGCUGGAUCUGCACGUCCCGAGUGUCGAUGGACGUAUUUUGGACACCCAGAAGAACCGAGCAGCCGUGGCGCAUUGAAGACGUUUUUGUCGGCUGGAACCCGUCAGUUGAUUGGUUUCAAUAAGUAUGUGUCUAUGAUGGAUUAGUUGAAUUGAGGGUUACCCUGAAAGGGUAUGACAACAGCGUGAUGAUCAUGAGUAUGCAUAAGAUGUCAUAUACAGCUUUAGAGAGCGUAUUGCCAUGGUAAACGAUGAUGGUCAAUCACCGAGAAAAUCCCUCAUAUUCACUAGGGGGGUUGUAGCUUGUUCACCAUCCAUUCUG